AUGAGUUACUUAUAUAUUAAGAAUUUCAUAGAGGAACAAAUCCGGAUUCUCAAUCAACCGUUGGUAAUAGAUGAUGAGCUCCGUGCAGUGAUGAGCAAGAACAAUAUCAGCGAAGAAACAAUGAAGAGCAUCCUACUUAAAGCUAACCUUCGUCUUAAACGACAUAAUCGAGACCGAUUCAAUCGUCAAGCAGUGCAUCAGAUUGUGCAGCAGAUAGUAAACAAUGAAAAGGAAAAGGUGUUUAAGGUGAAUGAAGCGUUGGCCAAGAUCGAGAUAAUGAUCCAGCCAAUUUUGCUACCUGAUUUCUCACUGGUUGGAGACGUGGGAGACCGAGUAGGUAUGUUCAAUGAGUUGGUCAAGGAGCUUCCACAGCCGGAAUAUUUAUUUGCUGCGCAUUCUUUUUCAAUGGAGACUGAACAGGAAGAUCCCGAGGUCAUUGAGAGUGGUGGAAAGAAAGAUGAGACUGAGACUGAGACAGAGGAUGGGAAAGAGGGAGAAGAAGCGAAUUUGCUAGUACAAGACGACCAAGAGAGAUUUCAAGAGAAUAGAAAUGAUGAAGAGCGUGAGGGGUUAGUCAAGAAGUAUCAAGUUGAAGUUGCACAAGAGCUUAAAGAUCAUAUAUCGAGCCAUCAACAGAAAAUUGACACGUUGAAGGAACAGUAUACACAGCUACGAGCACUGUUGAUUGAGAUGAACGAGGAAUUAGUGUAUAAGAUGCAGAAAUUCGAGUACCUUCGGCAGUUGAAUGGAAAGAUGAAUUUUCUCCAGAAAGAUUCCAAUUCCUUGCGUCCAGAUAGCGAGGAUGAGGACAGUGACGAAGAGGUAGCGAACACUGACUUGAAGAUUCAGAUGGGUCGAUUCCGGAUCCUCAUGGAGAAGCUUGAGUUUGCCAUGAAGUGA